AGGCGAUAUACAUCCAGUCACAAGUAUUGUCUAUACGCCUGGGCCGCGUGUGUGUCAGCUUCAUUAACAACACUACACUCUCUACGCCAAGGUUAUCGUCUAUAUGUUUUAUUUCCCGGUGUUAAAGUAUUAGAUAGUCGUAAUAGGCAAGGCGAGCGAAUCGUCCGUGCAAAGUGUUCGUUGUUUGUGUUUAAAUGUCGCGAUUUUUAACGUGUUCCCGCCGCCUUAGAAGGCCCGAGGUUUUGGGUUGAGUCCCGAUUCACUUCCAAGACGAUAAAAUCCGCUUCGUGGGUCUCCUGCAAACAGAGUCCCCCCCCCCCCCCCCCCGUGAGGGUUUAACGUUAAAAUAUAAAAUUGUUUAAAGUUAAAAUCGCUAAUUUCGCGGCGGAGUUUUCUCCUCGCAACGCGCUGCGAUGGGAGAGGCGGCGGCGGCGAGCGGGCGAGUUGGAGGUUGACCCUCGACCCCAAGCCGCCCACCCCCCCCCCUCGCCUCCCAGACAUCGUUGCCUCCGCUGUUGGUGACGGGCAGGAUGAGCGAGGCUGCAAUGGCCGAAUCAUCCGGGGCUUGGAAGUCGUCGUCCGGCAAGGCCGACGGCAGCGGUGGUGGCAGCUGCUUGCGGUGGAACUACAACAAAGGCCGCCACGAAGGCCCCAAGGCCGGCAAGCGCUGGUCGGCGCAGCGCAAGGCGGCGGCCGCAGCGGCGGACGCGGCGGCGACGAUGGCCGCGGUGGCGGCCGCCACGGCGACGGCGGCGACGAACGUGGCGGCCGCGGCGGCGACGGCGGCCGGACUGCCGGGGACACGCGGAGAGUCUCCCGUGGCCAGCGCCCUGCUGGUAGAGACGGAGAGCGUGAAGACCGAGUGGGAAUGCGUGUACUCCAAUCCCGAGGACCUGGACGUCCGCCGGUCGCACCGACACCGCAAAGUCAAACUGCCGGUGGACCUCGGCGUCCUGCAGAGUCACGGUAAGAAGAGGGAGGCGAAGAAGAUGAAGGAGAACAUCAAGAUCACGCUGAAGAUCAACAAGCCGCCGGGGGCACGCGAGGCCACGGAGACUCACGUCCUGACCAAGCACCCGGGCAGCCUGAAGCCGUAUGUCUGCCAGGAGUGUGGCAAGGAGUUCCGCCAGUCCACCGACCUGUUCCGCCACCAGACGCUGCACACGGGCGAGCGGCCCCUCAAGUGCGGCGCGUGCGGCAAGAGCUUCGCCCUGCAGGCCGACCUCAACCGUCACGCCAUCAUCCACACGGAGCAGCGGCCCUACGCCUGCCAGGAGUGCGGCAAGGCGUUCCGCUGGUCCCAGAGCUUGGUGCACCACCGGCGCUCGCACAGCGACGUGCGCGAGUUCCGCUGCGACGCCUGCGGCAAGGACUUCAAGCACCGGCGCACCCUCGUGCAGCACUGCAAGACCAACUGCGCCGGCGGCGGCGGCGCCAUCGCCCACGACGACGGCUACGGCGGCGACGAUGGCGGCCGUCAGCAGCUGCAGCAGCAGCAACAAGGCGGGAGUGGAGUGCACCAGUCCCUGGAGGAUGAGGAGGAGGAUGAGGAUGAAGAGGAGGAGGAGGAGGAAGAGGAGGAGGAGCGAUCUCAGGGCAGCGUCCGAAUGCAGCAGCAGCAGCAGCUGCAGCAGCAGCAGCAGCUGCAGCUUCAGCAGCUUCAGCAGCAACAGCUGCAGCUGCUGACCCCAGAAGGCACGGACAUCAGGCCGAGGGAACCUCAGGGUCCUAACCUCUUGAACACUGCCACCGCACUGAGCCCCGGCCCUCAGAAGGACGGCGGCGGCUUGGGGUCCAGGGUCUUCUCCAGGCGGCUUCUGGCUUCGGCUUGA